AUGCCGUUCCGUUUUUACGAGGCCGAGUUCCCAGAGCCCGAGGAUGUCGUGAUGGUCAAGGUCAUUGGCAUUGGCGAGGUGGGAGCCAACGUACAGCUCGAGGAGUACGGCAAUAUUGAGGGUAUGAUCCUGCUGUCGGAGCUGUCUCGCCGCCGCAUUCGCUCGGUGCAGAAGCUGGUGCGCGUGGGCAAGCGCGAGGCGGUGGUCGUCCUGCGAGUGGACAAGGAGAAGGGCUACAUUGACCUGUCGAAGCGGCAGGCGACACCCGAGGACGCAGCGCGGUGUGAAGAGAAGUUCCAAAAGUCCAAGGCCGUGCACUCAAUCAUCAACCACGUGGCCAACAAGCUCGACCUGGACAUCGAGGAGCUGUACCAAAAGUUUGGCUGGCCGCUGUACAAAAAGUAUGGCCACGCCUACGACGCAUUCAAGCUGGCGAUCACCAACCCGGAGGCCGUGCUCGGCGACCUGGGUAUCGAGCAGAAUGUGCUGGACGAGCUGCUGCCGGUGAAGAUCCGUGCUGAUAUUGAGGUCAACUGCUUUGGCUACCAGGGCGUCGAGGCCAUCCGCAAGGCGCUCAAGGCUGCCGAGGCGCUGUCGCAGGACGAUGCCCAGAUCAAGAUCCGUCUGAUUGCCCCGCCCAUGUACGUCAUGUCGACCAACUCUGUCAACAAGGCGAAGGACAUUGAGCUGAUGGAGAAGGCCAUCGCCGAGGCCGACCGGGUCAUCAAGGAGGAGGGCGGCGAGCUGGUGGUGCGCAUGAAGCCCAAGGCCGUCAGCGAGCACGAGGAGAAGGAGCUCGAGGACUUUAUGGCUCGGGCCGAGCGCGAGAACGCCGAGGUCUCGGGUGACGACUACAGCUCGGGCGGCGAAGAGUAGUGCUAAGAUUAUAUAGCCGCUUUUAUUCAUUAAAGAAACUAGAAAGCGAAGCACGAAAAAAAAAAAAAAAGAAGUCACAGGAAUGUCGGAUACGAGAUGCCGUUCGGGUCCAGCACGCAGUCGGAGCUGGCCAUGACGAUGAACCCACGGUUGGCCAC